CCUUCCGAACCCGGUAGCUCGGUCUCCGGUCUCCGCGGCGAGUUUGGGGAAGUGCUCACUUCCCUCCGCUGCUCGUGACCCGGCUCCUCGAGGGUCCGCCGCAAACUCCGAGCUGCAACAGCAACCGCAUGGCGUCGCUGAGCCCUGUGCUGCUGUGCGCCCUGCUGUGGGGCCCUGCAGGAGCCCUGCGCUGUCUUGGGGACUCUGGGCAGCCUGUGGACUGGUUCGUAGUGUACAAGCUGCCGGCCCAUAGAGGGCCCGAGGAUGCACCAUGGAGGGGGCUACGGUACAAAUACCUGGACGAGACCUCGGGGGGUUGGCGCGACGGUGUGGGGUCCAUCAACAGCUCCGAGGGAGCCGUAGGCCGCAGCCUGCUGCCGCUGUACCGCAGUAAUGCCAGCCAGCUCGCCUUCCUGCUGUACAACGACCAGCCACCUAAAUCCAGCCUGGCUGUGGACUCCACCAGCAGCCGUGGACAUACGAAGGGGGUCCUGCUCAUGGACCAGGAAGGAGGCUUCUGGCUAGUCCACAGUGUGCCACGCUUCCCUCCACCAGCGUCAUCUGGUGCCUUCAGCUGGCCUCAUAAUGCCCAACACUUUGGGCAAACUCUGAUCUGUGUGUCCUUUCCCUUGGAACAGUUCCUAAGGAUCGGCAGGCAGCUGAUGUACACCUAUCCCCUGGUCUUCGACCACAAGCUGGAAGGCACAUUUGCCCAGAAAUUUCCUGACCUAGAGGAAGUCAUCAAAGGCCACCAUGUUGUCCAUGAACCCUGGAACAGCAGUGUGACACUCAUAUCACAGGCAGCAUCUACCUUCCAGAGCUUUGCCAAGUCUGGAAAGUUUGGAGAUGACUUGUACUCUGGCUGGUUGGCAGCGGCCCUUGGCAGCAACCUGCAUGUCCAAUUCUGGCCAAACUCUCCAGGCAUUUUGCCCUCCAACUGCUCUGGGACACAGCAAAUUCUGGAUGUGACGCAGACGGGUUUUCCAGGACCAAGUGGCCCAACCUUCAGCGCCACGGAGGACCAUUCCAAAUGGUGUGUUGCCCCAGAAGGGCCCUGGACCUGCAUUGGUGACAUGAAUCGCAAUCAGGGAGAGGAACAUCGGGGUGGGGGCACACUCUGUACCCAGCUGCCAGCCCUCUGGAAGGCCUUCCAGCCCCUGGUGAAGGCCUGGAAGCCCUGUGGAGAAGGGAGUAGCGCCUGGAAACUCAACAGAGCAAAGAACUAAGACUCAGGAACUUGCUUG